AUGGAAGCAGUAGUCAGCAAAAAUGUUAAUUACACUGAAACCCUCAUGAAUCUCCGUCCGCAUAUAUCUAUGAUGUUUCCUUUUCCAAGUGAAUUUAGACAAAAACUUGGACCGGGCUCGCAUUGGGCAAUUCUCGUCCUCGAAAAUGCUGUCUCUGUUGCGAAGCAUAUCUUCAAUAUAUCGCUUUGUGAAAAAUUAAAGAACCUUCACAUUCAAGUAAUUCACUAUAUUGACCUUGAACCAGCGACGUUCUCAGUAUCAAUUAAGAUUCCGGAAGGGAGUCCUGCAUUUCUUGAAGCAAAUUCAAAAAAUAAACAAGAUAACAGAAAUGUGGUGACUACUUCAACGUUUUGUAGCAAUCCUCAAGAAUGUCGGGAGAUUGUUUUGGAAAUGUCUGUUCCAUUUGAAGGAAUGUUUGACAUUUUCGUGAAAGCGAAUAACAGUUUGGGGGAAGUGACAUCAAAGAUGGGACCUGUAGAAAGUUUUCAUUUGGUACACGACGUUUAUGUGACGUCAUCACUACCAAUUUUCACCACAAAACCCGCGAUGGUAUUUGUGUUUUAUAGAAUUAUUAGCAUUGGAACGUUUGGAAUACAAAUUUCAACUGAUGACAACGUAAUCGCAAAAGAAAAAGUGACAUCACAUAUUACAUUCAAAAAGAUUGAAAGCAAAUUGUCGGAAUUAAAAAUUCCAUUCGAUCCAACUGAAUAUAAAAUAUUCAGCACUUCACACCUUUUUAUCAAGCCUGGGUCAUACAAUAUAACUGCCAAAGUAACAACUGAGAACCAUAAACAAAGUUUAAGCGAUGAAAUAUCAGUUAUUGUAAAAAGCGCGGUCGCGACUGUGUGCUUGACGAAAGUAAAGAUUAGAGAUGGAUGUUCUCGAUCAUUUGUGAGAUCAAGUUUGCAGGAAAACUCACCGAUUAUAUUGAGCGCUGAUGUUCAUAUUGAAUGUGAGAUCACUGAUAACGAUGAAAUAAAAUAUAAGUGGAGAAUAUAUAAAGUAAAAUCUCUGACAGCAAAACCAAAAAAUGAAAUCCAUCUUGAAAACUUGGUGAAAGAAACAAAUGAACUUCAUAUCAAACCAUGGAUGAUGGAUCCUGGUCUUUAUAUUAUUCGUGUUAUUGUUACUCAAGUUGGCAACAGUGGAAUUCUUAUUCAGCAAGUUGAAGAUUUUACAUCAAUUAAAAUACCUAGGAUGAAAUUAAAUGCACAAAUAUGUGGGGGAACACUAAUGGAAAUUGGUCACAACAAAUCUCAAAUAUCAUUUGAUGGAUCUUGUUCAUUGAAUCCACACAUUCAAGAUCAACAAUAUGACUGGUUUUGUUCUUUAAAUAUUGAAGAUUUACCUGUUGAUAAACAUAUUGGAAAGUUUCAACAUAAGGGAUCGUGUUUUGGUUGGAAUCCAUCAUUUGUAGGAAAUCAAACAAAAGUUGAAAUCAAUGUUAAUGAAACUAAAAUAAAAGAUAAAUUUUACAUCAGAUUAUUUGUUAGUUUAUCUGGAUAUGAAGAUGUUUUUACUGAUCAAGAAGUUUUCAUUUUAUCACAACCUGCUCCAAGUUUGAAUAUUUUAUGUUGGGUAAAUUGUGGAAAAUCAUUAAAACCUCAAGAACCUUUCAUUCUACAAAUCCAAUGUGAUUCAUGUGUGAGAUAUGAAUGGAAAACAUUAUUUGGAAAGUUAAAUAGUUGUGAUUUAAAAGAGUUUUGUAAAAUCGAAUCUACUAUGUUAGAACAAAUCAAUUCAACAAAAGCUUUUCUUAUCACUGCUACAGGUUAUGAUGUAGUUGACCAAAAUGCAUCCAUCACUUUCAAAACCCACAUUAUUCAACCUCCAUUUGCAAUAAAAUGUUCAUAUCAACCUAAUACUGGAUUUGGAUUCAUCACCAGAUUUAAUUUAACAUGCACAACUUAUGAAAGACUCAUAAUCAAGUUUUCUUUGAUUGAUGGAGAUUCCACAUCUCUUCUACAAUAUGGUUAUGAAACUCAAGUCACAUAUUUAAUUCUUCCACCUGGUUACAUUCAAAUACAAACAGAAACAUGUAAUUCUGCUGGUUCGUGUUCACAUCAUGUAUUUCCAAUUCAAGUAGAAAAAAGUAAAAUUCCAGCAGAAUCUCAGAGCUUAAAACAAGAACUUGAAAAUGCAAUAAAAUCUGAAAAUUCACAAAAAGUUGCUCAAUUUGUUUCAUCAUUAUCAAAGAAUCCUGAUUUUUCUAUGAACUUGAGAAAGAAAAUAUUGAAUUUUGCAUUGAAUUCAAUUUUUACAUCAACUGAAUCAGUGAAACAAACUACAGAUGUUCUGCAAGUUGCAACAGAGGAUUUCAAGAGCUUGGAUGACACUAUUCAGGCAAACCUCAUAAAUAAACUUUCUGAUGUGUCUACCUGGAUGCAUAAGGAUAUUGAUUCAUCAAUUGAUUCUAUUUCAUCAGUUGUUAGAACAUCAUUGCUUGUUUCAUCCAAUAUUAUGCAGAGAAUGAGUGAAAGUGAGGUUACUACAACAUCCAACCAUCGAACUCUCACAACAAUAGUUGAUGAUUUAAGUCGUGAAAUGCUUGAAGCAAUUCUACCUGGAGAUGAAAUAUUGAAAAUUAAAACAAGAUCUGUGGAUACUAGUAUUGUGCGAUAUAAACAAAGUGAAAAUUUGACUUUAGCUGAUGAUGAAGUACAAAUCAAAGUUGGAGAUUUGGAAGGGACAGACAUUGAUGAUAAUGAAUUCAUGAAUUUACAGGUUUUCAGAUUCAACUCUUCAAACACGAAAUUUAAUACAAAAUCAAACAAAGCAGAUGAAGUAGUUGGAAUAACUUUGUCAAAAUCUCACAAAAUUCCAGGAAAAAUAAAAUCAGAGACAAAAACAUUUUCUUUGACAAAACCAAUAAAAUAUGGUUUGUUAAAUCAUCAACCUGAACCUGAAUAUUUUAAUGUAAAAUUGAACGAAACAAAACAAGGUUUACGGAGCGGAUUUUCACCGAUUGUUGUGGAAGGUUCUCAUGAAAAUGUAGCUUUGAAAAUAAGGAUAAUUUCAAAUGAAGUUUUGGAAGCUGCAAAAGUGAAAUUAACUUUACAAGAAAGUAACAUUUUGGAAAUGGAUCGGUUCAAACUUGAAAAAAUCGUCAAUAGAACAGAAUUUGAAUCUGAAGGUGGAUUUACUUGGACAAUACCUAUCCUGAAAGGUCAUACAAUUUUCAAUUUAACAAUAGAGACUAAAUCUACCCAACCAGUGAGUUUCAAAAUAUUGACAUAUGCCACCAAGUGUACAUUCUGGGAUGACAUGAUUAAUGAUUGGAAUAGUGAUGGUUGUAAGGCCACUCUUACUUCAACACUAGACAAAUGGACUUGGUGUGAAUGUGAUUCUCAAACAUUUUCAAGAACAAGAAAAAUUUCCUCACCAAAUUUAUUUUCAUCAAGAUUAAUUGUUUAUCCAAAUAAAAUUGAUUUUACCAAGGUAUCCUGGAAUUUAUGGGAGGAAUUUUAUGACAAUCCAAUCAUAUUUCUAACAGUAUUUGGAAUGUAUUUAGUAUUUGGAUCGGUUUUGUUUUGGGCAAGAUGGAGAGAUAAAACUGAUAUGGAUUUUCAUUCUUACAUAGAAGUGAGUGACAAUCUUCCAAAUGAACACUACAGAUAUUUACUUACAAUAUUUACUGGGAAUCGUCGUAGAUCUGGACCUUCAUCUACUGUUGUUGUUAAAAUUAAUGGAUCAAAUAAUAAAAGUGUUGUUCAUAUAUUACAGAAAUGUGAAGAAGAAAGAAUUUUAUUACAAGGAAGUGUUAUUACAUUUCUUAUUACAACACCUGGGUGUCUUGGUGAUAUUACUACGGUUAGAUUAUGGCAUGGUAAUGAAGGUACAAGUCCUGAAUGGUACAUUGAUCGUCUUGUUGUUCGAGAUUAUGAAACAAAUGAAUGUUGGUUUUUUCUCGUAAAUACCUGGUUAUCAGAUUAUCAUAUGGGAGAAUGUCAAAUUGAUAUUGAAGUUCAUGCGGCCACUAUUAAACAUCUUCAUUCAUUUAAAAGUUUGUUCACAAUUAAAAGUGAAAAUUAUUUAAAAGACAGACAUCUCUGGUAUUCAUUAUUUGCGAUGCGUCCAUGGUCACAACAUGACAUGUCUCGUACUCAACGUGUUGCUUGUUGUUCAAUCCUUAUAUUUAUGUUAAUGUUGACUUCUCUCAUGUUUUAUGGACUUGAAGCCUCUCUUAGUAUUGAUCUGGGAUAUUAUUCAUUCAAAUGGUCAAAUAUUGCUAUUGGAUUGGAAAGUAGUAUUUUAUGUUUUCCUGCGACCUACAUUGUGUCUGUGAUAUUUCGACAAUCACGACAACAUCAUAGAAAUCACCAUUGCAACACAAGUAACUAUAACACUAUUACAUCAUCAAUAUCAGAUUUUGAUCUUCAAAGUAGAAUUUCAUCUCGAAGCUGA